AUGGUCAUGCUUUUCUGCCAACCCCUUAAUCAGGCAAGUAACUCGGUAUUUUCUCGCCUCGGAGCGACUAACCAAGAGGCUAGCGGCCAUGAUGACGACCUCUAUUGUUCACCUACAUCUAAGAUUCUCCGUUAUUCUAUAAAUUCGGCUAUGAUCACUCCAUCCCGAGAAUCAAUUUAUAGAGGGCCAGACUCAUUCAACGAUGAUGAUCUUGAUAGUAGCUUAAUCAACUCAGAACCGUGCCUUCCCUAUCUUGGCGUAUUAAAACUGGCCCAGAAACCUAAAGCGGCUAAAAUCACAAGCAAGAAAUCAACGGAUCCCAGCCGGAGUAAAAUUCCUGUUGUCAAAUUCACACGGAAAGAGGACGCUUCUUCAACCUUCCACGCUGACACGAUCCUAAAAACUAUGCCUUUGAAGAAGAGGCUUGGUUCACUCUGCGGUGUCGCUGUAAAGUCCGGCCCUGACAGUCUCUUCGUGUCCCAUCCUUCAGGUACUAUCUUGUGA